UCCAUCCAGGCUGCGGUUCCGAGGAGAGUGUUCGUUAACCAGUGUGUUAACGAAAAUUGACUCCUCUAACAUCCUGGGAUUGGCUUAUGGCGAAAUGUCUGUUUAGAAUGUAUUAAUAAAUCAUUUAGUUUUUAGAGAACAAUUCGUCCAAAUGUCUAGAAAUGAAGUCGACUAAAUUAUGCUACAUUCAUAUACAUUAAUGUCAUAUGAAUGAGAUUUAACAUAGCCUAAUAUAAUCAGCUCUGUUCAGAAGUGCUCUUCUAGAAUGCUGUAAUGUAAGAUGUGGUUUAAGGUUUAUUAGGCCUACAGUUUAUAAUCCCAGUUUAUUCAGGCAAUGUGGUCACUGAGGUCUAGGAGGUGCAAAACCAAUCCCAUAAUAUGUCAUUAACUUUCCCCUGGCUUUCCCGGUGACAUCACUGAGAUAAUGGUCUUCCGGUGGGCUAAGUUAUCUAUCUAUAUAGGAAACGCCGCAACAAUAGCCUAUUCUGCACGCUAUUUCCCAAAUGAAGUUGCUGUAGUGUAGUCUAACCCCGGGUUGGACAGUUGUUUUCGGGCCAGGCCACUUGGAUGGGGAACAGACCAGACAAAGCCGGUAUUUCACUGCAGUCUGACAGGCAGCUAGAAUUUACAACCCUACUGCAAUGCGGCAAAAUGGAGCUGGGGGAGAAGUGCAGACGCAUAAAGGAGAGGGAAACUGAACAGUAACGCAGAUACACAGUGGGCAUCCCGGUUAACCUUAUGUUUAGUUAUUGAUCAAUUGAAAAAGAACAUGUGGCCGAUACAUAUUCUAACUCCCUUUUAGGCUGUAAUAUAAUUCCACGGUCGUGUCCUUUGUCCAAUAGGCUUUGUUUCCAUGUGGGAGUCUAGUGAUCACAGCUUACCUGUGUUCAGUCAGGCCUACCUUUAGUUAUUGUCAUCAAGUUAGAAUAUAUAUUUUACAACAAUUAAUCUCAUAAUAUUUAGGCUACUGUAUAGAAAAAACUGUCUUUCAGUUUUUUUCGUUUUGCCUCAAGACUAACGAACAUUAUAUUAUUAGUAUUACUAUUAUCAUCAUUAUUAUUACUACUACUAGUAUCAUGAGUCACUUGGUGAUCCAUUGAGCUGCCUUUGAUCGAUUUUCUUUGAAUUUUCUUUGAUCAACAAGUUCGGCCUAUUUCUUGGCCUUCCCACCAGAGCCUGUAAAGAGGGGGACUGAAGGGCAGGGCCGCCAGCGGGCCAGCAGGAGGCGCUGUUGCCCAACACUCAGUGCAGCUCCGUUCUCCUUUUAAUGCUAUUUAAUGCGGUUAUGUUGUGAUGUGAUUGACUGGCUCCAACAACUCAUUGAUGGUUAGGCCUAUAUAAGUGUUGAUAUGAUUACAUAAGCCCAAAUGGAUCUGAUUCUAUUUUUAAAGUGGAUGGCGGCAUACGAUUACAAUAGCUUUUUAACGUUGAAACGCGCCUAAUUUGCAUAGAAAAUGUUUUUAAAAGAGUGCAAAAGUAGACUGAUGGGAUAUAAGGCUGAGGUGCCGUCAACUGGUGCAAAAUUAACAAAAUAUUGGGAUAUAAAAACAAUGUAUUGCUUUCCGUUGAGAGUUUGGCCAAAUUUUGUAUACAGCCUUACAUGGCACUUAUAAUAAUAAUAACAUCACACAUUUAGUAAUAAAUUCACAAGAUUAACUCACACUAUGAUUAUAUGACUUGAAUGACAGGGUGAUAUGAAGUUAUCUGAAAGAAAAAUUACUUAACGAGGAAGCUGAUGAGAGGAUCAGCUUCCUGUAAAGGAUCACCUGUAAAUCAUACACACAGACAAAGAAACACACACGCACACACACACACACACACACACACACACACACACACACACACACACACACACACACACACACACACACACACACACACACACACACACACAAACAAAAACACACAGACGCACAGACGCACACACACACACACACACACACACACACACACACACACACACACACACACACACACACACACACACACACACACACACACACACACACACACACACACACACACACACACACACAAAGACACACAAACAAAAACACACAGACGCACGCACAUAAACACAAUUUUCUCCCUCUUUAUAGCCUACUUGUUUUUAUAUAGGACUAUAUUGUCAAACACAUUAUUAGCGAGUGAGAAAGAGGAGCAUGAGUAUUGGACAUGAACAUUAAGUUAAUGAUAGAUUGAUGCAAACAAAUAACUUCAAGCUGGAAUAAACCCCUAAAAACACCCCUGAACAAUAAAGACGAAGAAAAAAAUAGACCAAAUAGGCUAUACACAAUUAAUUUUAUUAUCAAUUAAGCCUAAUGAAAUAAAAAAACGUGUACAAUUUCCCGAAAAGACUGCAGCAGGCUAUCGUACGAAUUAUUUCAGGAGGAAUUCGGCCAAACUCAAAAGCCUUCUGUUGCAAUUCUGCACGUUGCUCGCAGUGACAUCAGUGUAGGCCUAAUCGCUGUUUUCCAAUAACUGCAACUUUGAGGAUUAUUUAUGGCCCAGAGGCCCGCUGUGAAUGGCUGUAGGUGAACACGUGACGCCAUUAAACUUUGUUUUAUGGCCUCGGACUUGACAAGCCAAAAUAUAAUUCUGGAUGUGUAUUAGUAAGGCCGUCCAGAUGGUCGAGAAUGGAGCUUUGGACUAGUGUGGAGCUACCAAACGGAUUUUAGCACAACAUGGACGCGUUUGUCCACAAAUAUCCACACGCACGUAAUGGGCUCGGACUUCUUCAGUCCAGCGCAGGACACAGACUUUCAGCAGCACCCAGGGCUCUACACACGGCCAAAUUACGCGGAUCAGCCCUUCAGCUGCACCACCGACGUGCAGGACGGCGCGGUGCCGCCUCGGGGUCAUGUGCACGACGCGGCCGGCCGCCCCAGCCCGUUCACCGGCGGCCGGGAUGAGCAGAGUUCCCCGGUCCAAAUGACCGGACCCCGGACUUGUGGACAGGAGCAAAACACAAAGAGCCAAAACGGGAUACAAGCCAAGCUGCCGGCUGUAGUUUAUCCCUGGAUGAAGAAAGUCCACGUAACUACUGUGAACCCGGAUUACACCGGAUCCGAACCCAAACGCUCCAGAACAGCGUACACCAGACAGCAGGUUUUGGAACUCGAGAAGGAAUUUCAUUUUAACAGGUAUCUGACUAGACGGAGGAGGAUUGAGAUUGCACACACUCUUUGUCUCUCGGAGCGGCAGAUCAAAAUUUGGUUUCAGAACAGAAGAAUGAAAUGGAAGAAAGACCACAAGCUGCCGAACACCAAGGGCCGCUCAGCGCCGGCGGCCAGCCAUAUGCAAAGUAUUCCGAAGGAGAACCAGACUGAUAUCACAACUUUAUAGAGAGAAGUUCAAUUAACUGUACAUUAUACAAAGAGUGUGUUUGCCUUUUGCAUGGACCUGAUUUGUUUUACGCAAUUUCUAUUCAACGAACUAAUGACCCAAGAGGAGAUGAUGCAGAAUAGAGUCAGAAAUCAACCCCUUUUCCCUCAAGGAGAUACGAGCAUCGGGCCUGUUUUAGAAGGUUUAAUCCUUCAAUGGGCACAGUAUUACGCAACAAACUUUAGAUUUUCUUGGAAAUAUAUAUAAAAAGCAUUCAUUUUAUCACCGACUAUAUUGAAAGUAAUCACUCGUGUCCACGUGCAUUGGUUCUGGGCUGUGGAUUUGCUCGAUGCGUGGGGUUACAUUUUCUUUCUUCAAAUUAUACAUUUUAAAUAUAUAUUUUUCUGUAAUGGAAAUACUCCAUACUUAACGAAAUAUACUUGAAACAUUUUUCAGUGGCACCACAACUCAGAAACUUAGUUCAGUAAGUCCGAUAGAGGCCUACACAGAAAUCGUUUUUAUGUAUUACAUCGUUUAAUUUAUUUUGUACAACAAUGCAUUGAGUAGUUGAUAAAUAUCGCCCAAACAUUCCGAUGAUAUUCGUAUCUGAACACUAUCCUGAGUGCCCUUAAUCGGUUAUAAAUCUCUCUUGACAUCUUUGUAAACAGUGUGUAUUUUAAAAGGUUCGUCCAUACCGCCUUAAACUUGAAAAAAGGUAUGUUGUUCUUGCAUGGCACCAAAAUAAUGCUCCUUAGAUUUCUCUAAUUCGAAUGAUAUUUUUCCAGAAUAUUUAGAAAAACGAAUUCAUUCCUUAUUUCUUUAAGUAUUUUUUUGUUAUUUAUUUUGUCAAACAAUUGUAUAUUUUCGUGUAGCAAGUUUAAAUUUAUUCGAUCAAUGUUUUUUUAUAAUUGUAAAUGCAUUGGAACUCUUUAUUAGCAUGCCAUUUACGCAACUCCUAGUCGACGUUCUUAGUUAACGUCGAAUCCUAAUCAUUGAUAUCCAUUCACACCAAACGAACCAGGGGCUUUGGCGUCACGUUCCGAGACGACAUGUACUCUCCCACCACUCUCCUAGGAACAAAACGACGAUUGUUAUAAUAAACUCUUCAGAAUACGCGCUGUGGAGGGUUAUAGCGAUGAGAGGUGGAGAAGGUAUUUAAGUGAAGUUCGACCAUGGCAGCCGUGCAGGUUCAAGCAGGGGACACUUCUCCUGCAGCCUGAGACACAUUUCAGCCGCGAGGACUGACCCCGGGUACCUGACCUCCAUGCAGCCACAGCAUUUCUCCCACACACGCGAUGCGCGCUGAUUGUAAGAAAAGAAAAAAACAAACUAAAACCAAGGAUUUAUAGAUAUUUUCCAGUGAAUAGAUUUCACGAUUUUAAAGGUAUUGAAAUAUUUAUUUGAUCAGCUGCAGACCUGCAUCGUUCCAAUGAAUGCAUUUGUCCCAUGUCUCUUUGUUAUUGUAUUUUAUUUUUGUACCUGCAUUUUACAUUGUAUUGUGCAUCCAGAUGUGAAAGUUAUAUUGGAAAAUAAAUAUUUCUACCAAC